ACAGAUGUCACGUCGUUUCAGGAUGCUCUCCGGUCAGAACUCAACAACCACGGCGGUAACCGAGCCACCGCCGGAACCCGACAAUGUCGAUUCUGACUUCGUUGUCAUCCUCGCCGCCCUUUUAUGUGCCUUAAUCUGCGUUCUCGGCCUUGUCGCAGUGGCUCGCUGUACCUGGAUCCGCCGGAUCUCUGGCAUAGUCAUCGUCGGUCGUACGGAUCAGUCUCCACCAGCGGCUGCAAACAAAGGUCUAAAAAAGAAGAUCCUGAAAACUCUCCCGAAGCUCACCUACUCCACUGAAACGAUGGCCGAGAAAUUCUCAGACUGCGCUAUCUGCUUGACGGAAUUCGUAGCUGGUGAUGAGAUCAGGGUGUUACCGCUGUGCGGGCAUGGUUUCCAUGUCACAUGCAUUGAUACAUGGUUUGGAUCUCACUCCUCGUGUCCUUCUUGUCGCCAGAUCUUAGUGGCGUCACCUAGGUGUAAGAAAUGCGGUGAAUUACCUGCUGCUGAAUUAACCGGAGCUCAGACGUCUACGACUGCCGGAGAAACGAGUGCUUCAAUCGACAGGUUUUUGCCCUAGCUCGAGAUCCGAUUUGAUUCAUUACGAUUUGUUGUUAGGUUUAGAACUGUAAAAAAGUUAAUUAGGUUGAUGUUGAAGUUAAGUUAAGACACAAAUCCCUCUGCAAUCAAACAUGAUCAUCCUAUUGGUUCUAAAGUCUUCGUGAAAUUAAACUGUAUAAAUUCCAUCCUCUUCA